AUGGACGACAGCAGUCCCCUUUCUCCAAAAGCAAACGCUUUCAGUAUCGCCUCUCUGAUCGCGGCGGCGGCGGCAGCUGGAGCUCGAGCGCUGGACAAAAAACAGCAGCAAUCAUCGGGGGCCAUGCACUACAGCACAGUGACCAGAGAGAUGGAAGCAAUCUCCAGUCCGUGGCUGACGCAGCUCUCCCAUUUUUGCGAUGUUGCAGCCUUCACCACCAGCAGCCUGAACAGCCUCAGCGCCCCUGGGGGGGGCUACCAUCUCUCCCCGUCCCCAGGAGAUCCUUAUGGCCAGCACGAGACCCACUUCGAGCCGUGCCCUGCAGCCCAGCAUUCCUACCCUUACCCUGGCUCCAACCCAGGGCAGGCUGCUCCGCAGGGGGACACUGGGACAUCCACAUGCCCGUCAUCCUCCUCGUCUUCCUCCAGCUCGACGCCCAACAAGUCUCUGGUGAAGAAGAACCCAAAAGUGGCCAACAUCAGCGUCCAGCUGGAGAUGAAGGCGCUCUGGGACGAGUUCAACCAACUCGGAACCGAGAUGAUCGUCACCAAGGCUGGGAGACGAAUGUUUCCUACUUUCCAAGUGAAAAUAUUUGGAAUGGACCCAAUGGCAGACUACAUGCUUUUAAUGGAUUUCCUACCAGUGGACGAUAAACGCUACAGGUAUGCCUUCCACAGCUCCUCGUGGCUCGUGGCGGGUAAGGCUGACCCCGCAACCCCGGGCAGAGUCCACUACCACCCGGACUCCCCCGCCAAGGGGGCGCAGUGGAUGAAACAGAUCGUCUCUUUCGACAAACUCAAACUGACCAACAAUCUGCUGGACGACAAUGGCCACAUUAUCCUGAACUCCAUGCACAGAUACCAGCCCCGCUUCCACGUGGUCUAUGUGGACCCCCGGAAGGACAGCGAGAAAUACGCCGAGGAGAAUUACAAGACCUUCGUUUUCGAGGAGACCCGGUUCACAGCCGUCACAGCCUACCAGAACCACAGAAUAACUCAGCUAAAAAUCGCCAGCAAUCCAUUCGCGAAGGGCUUCAGAGACUGUGAUCCAGAGGACUGGCCGAGGAAUCACAGGCCCGGCUCGCUGCCCAUCAUCAGCGCUUUCGCUCGCACAAGGAACCCAAUGUCUUCUCCCACGCAGCAGAAUGGCACUGAGAAAGAGGACAGCCGGCGAGACUAUGACCGUGACCCCAGUGGGACGCCCAUCCAUGCAGACCCUGCCCACCAGCUGAUGUCACGUGUCCUAAGCCCCGCCCUUCCUGUCCCAGGUGGCCUCCAUGCCGUGCCCCUUACAGCAGGACCCAGGAGUCCCCCCCAUGAACUGCACCCGCAGCCGCCUGAUACUCUCCACCAUCACCCCUACAAAUACCCCACCACCUACGAACACUACCUGGGGGCCAAAACCCGGCCGUCCCCGUACCCUUUACCCAGCAUCAGGGGGCACGGCUACCACCCCCACAUGAACCCAGCCACAGCAAACAUGUACUCAGCCACCAGCGGGCCGGCUAAUUACGACUAUGGGCCGAGAUAAUGACUCAAAUAUGGGUUUGUGGCAGCAAAGAGCAUCGAGAGACAAAACACAAACAUUUUGGAGGCCUCACUUCAAGCGUAAUGUACAUCUGCUGACCUCAGGGUCUAGAACUGACAUGCCCGAGUUGCACAAGUGCAGUUUUAAAUUAAUUACGUGAGAGUAUUAUCAGUUAUAUCUCUCUCAUACACGUAAACAUGCUUGUCCACGUCCAAAGCUGAGGGAGUUUUGGAAAGGGGCGCGACCUGUGAGGCGGAGGGCGGCGAAGAAAUGAACUGCCAUAUUUAUUACACGGAGAAAAGUACUUGCGCGAAGUGUGGGCGAAUGCUCUGGACUGGACUUUGGCUCCCUGAGAACUGUCACUGUAUCUGACCCGCACCAGAGGAGCCGGAGACUACAGUAUAAAGGCCAGCACAACAAGAAGGAAAGCCCUUCCUAACACAAGCAAUGCAUUACUGCAGACUGGAACAGAUUUUUUUUGUGUUGGAUGCACUUUUUUUUUGCUUUUAAAAAGCCAUAAGUUAUAUUAUAUCCUUGAGCCCGACAAGCUUCUAGGUAGACCGGGCAUUUGCAUGUUGCGCUGAUUCAAAGGUGCUGAAAUGCCUUGAAAUUUUAUUUUGUUUUGUGUUUUUCCUGAUUAUGAACUGAGCGUUGUUGGAAACGCUGGGCCAUCUUAAGCAACUCUGAGAAGCUUGUACCAUGGCACUGACUUACAGCAAUUCAAAAUAAAUUUGGACACAAUGACCUAGCCGAACCUGUAAAAUAAGCAUUAAAUAUUUUACUUUCAACAUCGUUUUCCAUUACCUUUUUCAAUCUUUGUCAAAGUUUCCCCAAGAGCUUUAUCUAAUUACACCACAGCGUUUGAAUCCGGGGUGAAAAAGGCUCCUUCGCGCUCUGUGUGUGUGCGUGUGUGUGUGUUUGAAUGUGAUUAAUACAUGUUUGAUUUGGAAAGAAAGCCCUGAAACUUUAACAAAUCCAUGAUUACAUUCUUGUUAGUCUGGGACUGUGGUGCACAGCCCAGAUUCAUAAAAUUACAGUCGACUUG